AUGUUCAUCUGAGUUGAAUUCGGACAUAAGCAAAAGAGAUUGUUCAACAUCGACUGUCAGACCUCCUGCUUGCUUGACGCUAUAAAUGACAGCUGUUACCAAGAUAUCGGCACGUUUUUGCAUAAGCAGACUGAAGUAUUCACAAAGGAGCUCAAUGUCUGGAAAAAGAAGGAAACUAACCUACUCAAAAAACUUAAGACUGAUGAAGACAAGCCUGAAGAAACCCCUACGGCGAAGGGAAAUAAGAAUGCUAAAAGAGGAGGAAUGAAACAGGAAGAAGAAGAGCAGAAGAAGAAAGAAGAAGCAGAGAAGACAGCGAAAGGAAAGAAGACGCCUAAAAGCCCUCCCGAGGAGGAGGAAGUCAAACAAAUGAAUGAAGAAGAGAAGGAAAAAGAGGCUAUCACUAAAAGCCUGGAAGAGGUAAAAACAACUAUCCAAAAACUGGAACAAAAAUUAGCCCUAAUCAGUGAUAGCAUCACUCAAAUGGGGGAAGAAGCUAAUACUGAAAAGGUGCUUGACCUCCAAGAUGUCAACGGUGAUCGGAAAUAUGCCAAGACCAAGAUCGGCCAGUACGCCACCGAGUUCUUAUCGGAAAAAAUGGUAUAUUCCUUAGGAAAAGUCGUCAAGAACGAACAAGAUGAAGAAGAAUUCAGGAGGGUCAAAGUCGAUGGCGCAUGAGUCAGAACUUUAGAAGAGGACGCUAAUUAUGACCCCGAAGAAGAAGCCGCCGAUAAUAAGAAGGGAAAAGGCAAGAAAAAGACCAUAGGUCGCUAA